CAAUCAGCUGGCAGCAUUGAAUACGGCUUAGCCAAUCAGAGGACGCGUUCCAGUCGCUCCUCGCGCCGUAUUUCCGGGACCGCUUCAGGAAUGUAAACUAUUCAACAUGGAGACAGCGGUUGAUAAGCUGGAGGCGAUGUUCCAGAAGGCGGAGGCAGAUAUCGAGUAUGUGGAGAAACGUCUGAAGUUCGAUUUCAUGACGAGUGCUCGGGAGAACGGCGCUGCUGAGGGGAACCCAGUUCAGCUGCUGGAGAGUCUGGCCUCCAUUAAGGCUCGUCACGCCGCUCUGUGUGCUCAGAUGGAGGAGAUCGCUGCUGAGCAGAAACGCUCAAUGGAUUCGAUCAGAUCUCACCUAAACACCACUGUGAAGCUGGUGGAGGAGCUGCAGAACACCACAGACAUGCAGGUUCCUCCACUCACACAGGAAGAACAAGAAGCCAGAGAUUCUCUCUGUUCAUCAGUCACUGCCCUGUCCAUACAGAUGCCGUCUGAAGCACAAACACUGCAGGAGUCUGACUUGAAGGAGCAGCGCAGGGAAGUGAAAGAUGUGGAGUUUGACGCUGUUCCACGAAGUGUGAGAGGAAACAUCAAGCUCAGUGACCUUAACACCCUGUACACACAGCUGACUGAACACUUCUCAGACAACAGAGCACCUCUGAGUUUACAGAAGAUGAAGAAGUUGAACAUGAAGGUGAGCGAAGCUGCGAUUAAGACGCUGCAGCACCUCGGCCUCGUGGAGCUCAACAAGAAAGACUGCAUCUCUCUCACCUCCUCACACUGAGGAGAAAAUCACCACACCGGACACAUGCUUUUCCCUCGUUCUGUCUCCUGUCUGUCUGACACUCGAGCAUGACAAGAACCAACACACACACACACACACACACACACACACAGCUUCAGUCUCAACUUUCUCAUCUUCAUCAGUUCAUCCCCUGGGAAAUACUUCACCAUGAGCUUUAGAUUAAACUAAAAAAAUCAUUUCAGAUGCAGUUACACACACACACAGAGAGAGAGAGAGAGAGAGAGAGAGAGAGAAAACACGCUCCAGGUAAACAGGUCAGUUAUUUCAAAACACACCAUGGUAUAUUAGAGCUGGGGAAAAAACCCAAAUUGCACUAUUUUUAUGUACAACAAAAAAAAUGUAUAGUAUGGAAAUGUUUGUGUUAUUGUGUUGUUUGUGUGUAAAUUGUGUAUAAUUAAAGCCUUGUUAAACAACAAA